AGCAGUUGUCGUUCGGCUGGCACGCAGGCGGUACACAAAGCUCCGCACUCCGGAAACAGUCUCGGAUUUUCCCGAACCCGAUCAUCAGCACCCAAAGCAAAUAUAUCUUCGAAAUACAUCUUUAAUUUCCACAAUGUUUGAGGAGAAUGGCAACCCAUCGCGGGACAAUGCGUUAUGGACUCUCCAGGGUCGGGAAAGACCAAGUCCCGCCCAGAGGCUGCACAACCUCACUUCGGCCUCCUCAACGAGCUCAUCUUCGGGCCUGCCCAUACCACAGAAUAUCUUCACAAACCCAGCCAUCCAGCCGUCCAGCGUUAUUAACCUCAACCACUCCACCGACGUGGUGAUCGGUCCCAUGACCCAAUACCAGGGACCGGUAUCCAUAUACUAUAUGGAUUAUAUGGAGGCGCACGCCAUGCAAACGGCAGCCGGCAUCAACAGCAACCAUGCUAAUGGCAACGCCAAUCGUAGUCGUGAUAAGUCGCCAUCAAAGCGGCUCACCCGGAAUACCAUCUUGUUGAUCACGCUGAUCUUUUUGGUCCUGGCCACCGGUUUGGUGGUGCUCUAUGUGGAGCUCAAUCGUCCCCGGCCGGAGUUGCCCAGCAACAAGGCCAUCUACUUUGGCAACAACUACGACCACGACACGUUUCCGAAUCUAGGAAACGGCCAUCUGGUCAUCGACAGAGAGCAGUGGGGAGCCGCCAAGACCACGCCUGCCCUGACCAUUCCCCUUAAGCGACCCAUUCCCUACGUCCUGAUCACCCACAUUGGUGUCCAAUCGCUGCCCUGCGAGAACAUCUACAAGUGCUCCAUCAAGAUGCGAACCAUCCAGGAUUCCGCAGUUGCCGAAAAGGGUCUGCCAGACAUCCAGUCCAAUUUUUAUGUUUCGGAGGAGGGCAAUAUCUACGUAGGCCGCGGCUGGGACUGGGCCAACACCUAUGCAAACCAAACUUUGGCGAUUACUUUUAUGGGCGACUACGGCCGGUUUAAGCCCUCUGCCAAACAAUUGGAAGGUGUCCAAUUUCUGCUGGCCCAUGCAGUCGCCAACAGAAAUGUCGAAGUGGACUACAAAUUAGUGGCCCAAAAUCAGACCAAGACGACCAGAAGUCCGGGGGCUUACGUCUAUCAAGAAAUCCGGAAAUGGCCGCACUUCUACGGCUGCGGAAUGGACGGGGCCCGGGCGUGUGGCAUCGAACUGGGCAUGAAACCGGAACCGUGGGAUGCCAAGCAAUAGCUACAGACUUCUUACCACCUAAGUGUAUCCAAGCACAAAUUAUAUUUAAUACCUUGUACUAAGGCGAAA